CGAUCUGUAGCUGCGGAGAAACUUGGUAGUAACUCAUGGUUGUGUGGCCCAGCAUUUCUCCUCAACCACGAGAGCCUCCUUCCAGAAAAGGGUCCAUUUGAACUUGUUGAUCCAGAGUCAGAUGUUGAAGUUAGACACAAUGUGACUGUGCUUAAGACCACAACCGCUCCAGGUGCCUUAGGUUCAUUGCGCUUUGAACGGUUCUCAAAAUGGACUUCUCUCAUAAAAGCAAUAGCCUACCUCAAACACAUAGCUCACAGCUACAAGCCCAAAGAUGGCAGCAGUUGUAGCAGGUGGCACCUGUGUAAGGCAAGUCUCACAGAUGAAGCUUUAUCUCAAGCAGAACACAUAAUUAUCAAAUGUGUCCAGCAGGAAGUCUAUAAAGAGGAGAUAAAAUGCAUCAUGACAAAACGUGCCAUACCACACAGCAGUUCUCUUCACAAACUUAAUCCAAUGAUUGAUGACAAAAACUUACUGCGAGUAGGAGGACGACUUUCAGAGUCCAAAUUGCCAAGUCAUGAAACCAACCCUCUUCUGAUACCAGGAAAGCAUCACAUUGCUACGCUGCUCAUUCGACAUCAUCAUGAAGCUGUCCAGCACCAAGGAAGACACUUCACUGAAGGAGCCGUGAGAGCAAGUGGUUUAUGGAUAGUUGGAGCAAAGAGAUCCAUCAGCAGUGUUAUCCACAAAUGUGUCACCUGCAAAAAGCUUCGAGGCAGAACAGAGCAGCAGAUUAUGGCUGAUUUGCCUGCCGAACGCUUACAAACUGAUCCUCCAUUUUCUUAUGUUGGCCUUGACGUAUUUGGACCGUGGGAGGUUUCAACACGGCGCACAAAAGGUGGUCAAGCUAAUAGUAAGAGAUGGGCAGUCCUGUUCACUUGCAUGUCUACAAGGGCCGUCCAUAUUGAAGUGAUCGAAGCUCUUAGCUCAUCUAGUUUCAUUAACGCUCUUCGCAGAUUUUUUGCAAUCAGAGGCCCUGCUAAACAGUUGAGAUCAGACUGCGGAACCAACUUCAUUGGUGCAUCCAAAGAGUUGAGGCUGGAUCCUCCAAAGCCCAAUGAGGCAACUGUGGAUGACUACCUACGCAAACAGAGGUGUUCUUGGGUAUUCAACGCUCCCCACUCAUCUCAUAUGGGAGGCACCUGGGAACGUAUGAUAGGUGUCUCACGACGCAUUCUAGACUCAAUGCUUCUACAAGCAGGAAACCCUACUCUAACUCACGAGGUCCUGACAACGUUGAUGGCUGAGGUCACGGCUAUUAUCAAUGCGAGGCCCUUGGUACCUGUUUCCUCAGAUCCGGAGGCCCCUUUGAUCCUAACCCCCUCAGCACUGCUCACGCAGAAGUUUAACCCAAUCGAAACUCCACCUGGGGACUUCACAAAAGCCGACAUGUAUAAAAAUCAGUGGAAAAGAGUUCAAGCCCUUGCUGACACAUUCUGGGCCAGAUGGCAGAAAGAAUACCUCAAUAUGCUCCAAAGUCGUCAGAAAUGGCAUCGCAACAAACCAAACUUGAAAGAAGGAGACGUUAUUCUUCUGAAGGACAAGCAACUAAAAAGAAAUGAAUGGCUUAUGGGAAUCAUCACAAAGACCCUUCCGAGCAAAGAUGGAGUUGUCAGGAAGAUGGAAGUGAAGGUUACACGUGGCAAGACUACUAAGACCUUCAACAGACCUAUUUCAGACUGUAUUCUACUUUUAUCUUCAAUGGAGUAGUUUAUAUUGGCAUUCUUAAAAUAAUGCCAGGCGGGGAGUGUGCUGGAGCUGUUUUUAUGUGUUUUCUCCAGGCCGUUAGGGGGCGCAUGUUUGCAAAGUUCGCUAAAUUGAGCCAGUUAAUAAGUAGAAGAAGAAGUGUUACAGGAAGCCAUCUUUCUUUACAUGAGUCAAGAAAUGAACAUGGUGUAUUUCUCAUCUGCACCCAUCCAAUCCUUUCCAUCCCUUUGAGUGGCAAUAUGAUUUCACACUUUUUUCGCAUUAAAUCCGUUCAAAUACAACACACGGCUGUUCCUUGGAGGAAGUGAUGCAAGAAAGAGUUUAGCUGGCUGUGAAUCUCAAUAUAGGACCCGCGGUCAC